AUGGAAGCGUUAAUGUUUCGCUCCGUCAAAUUGGACUUAAAGGCAAUGAUUGUGUCAAGGCAAAAUAUUAUUUAUAUGCAAUUCAAAAUAAUGGUAUUCGCAUGGAUAUUGGACGGUUCUAUUACGAUUGGAUGUGAAGUUGAAUUUUCGUUGAAAGACCUUAACCUUGAAUAUAUUAAAAAGGAUGAAUCUGCACUUUAUUCUAAAGCUUUACUUCAAAAUUUGUGGCAAAGCAAGGAAUUUAUGGAUUGUGUUUUUGAGUUUGGUGAUGUCUCGAUUAAUGCACAUCGAAGCGUAUUAGCUCAAAAUAGUGAAGUUUUUCGACGAAUGUUGUACACGUCUGGAUUCAGUGAAGCACAAAAUGUACGCAAAACGCGUAAAAGAUCUUAUCAGGCUAUUAAUAAUGGGAUAGUCAAAAUUACGGAUUGUUCGUCGGAGUGUUUCCAAGCAAUGUUGGAAUAUUGUUAUACUGGAAUUGUCUCUGAUGAGAUUUUGGAUAGUCUCGCGGAGGAGCUCUUUGCUGUUGCUCAUAAAUAUGAAAUUUCUCCACUUAAAGAAAAAUGUGAAAAUCAUAUUGCUUCUUAUAUUGUUUGUGAUAUUUCACGAAUUUGUCAAAUUAUCCAACUUUAUGGUUCUUCAAUUUUGGAGAAGGCCGUUGCGAAAUGUAUCUCUCAAAAUAGAGAUAUUUUAACUACAGCUGAGUGGAACGAUUUGAAACGAUCUCAUGGGGAAUUGACCCAUCGUUUGUUGGAAUCUGUCAUUUGUGGACAUGCUAAAUGGUUAGUUUUACUGAGUUAA